UGCCUGGGGCUGCUGGGUCGUGCGUGUGUGCGUGUCAUCCCAGGGAUGAGUCCCCUUUCAGCCAGUGGCUUGCUUCCUACUCGCCAUUCAGUGGAGACGCCUGGGCUGGGAAAGGCACUGUGAUCGGCUGGUUUUAGGGAUGGGCAAUGCCGUUGAAAGACAGAAGCCCCUGAAACAAAGCCAUCUGUACCCCUGGAAACAAGACUCUCAGCGCUCUCAUCUCUCCUCCUUCACCAUGAAGCUGAUGGACAAAUUCCACUCUCCCAAGAUCAAGAGAACACCAUCCAAGAAGGGAAAGCCAGCCGAGGUGUCGAAGAUUCCCGAGAAGUCUGUGAGCAAAGAGGCAAGAGACAGAUUUCUACCAGAGGGCUACCCUAUCCCCUUGGAACUGGAGCAGCAGGCAGUAGAAUUUAUGUCCACCAGUGCUGUGGCUUCCAGGUCUCAGAGGCAGAAGAACCUGUGCUGGCUGGAGGAGAAAGAGAAGGAAGUUGUCAGUGCCUUGCGCUACUUUAAGACCAUUGUGGACAAAAUGGCCAUUGAUAAGAAGGUUCUGGAGAUGCUCCCAGGGUCAGCCACCAAGGUGCUAGAGGCCAUCUUACCCCUGGUACAGAUUGACCUUCAGAUCCAGCACAGCUCAGCCCUCUCCUCCUGCUAUAGCCGAGUAUACCAGAGCCUCGCCAACCUCAUCCGAUGGUCUGACCAGGUGAUGCUGGAGGGCGUGAACUCAGAAGAUAAAGAGAUGGUGACGACUGUGAAGAGAGUCAUCAAGGCUGUGCUGGAUGGAGUGAAGGAGCUGGUAAGGCUAAUCAUUGAGAAGCAGGGGCGGCCAUCGCCAACAAGCCCAGUGAAGCCCAGUUCCCCAGCCAGCAAGCCUGACGGCCACCCUGAGCUCCCUCUGACAGACCGAGAGAUGGAGAUUCUGAACAAGACGGCAACAGGUGUGUCACCAUCCACUGAAUUGCUCCCAGACUCCACUAGUGAAGAGGUCGCACCCCCCAAACCCCCCUUACCUGGCAUUCGGGUGGUUGAUAACAGUCCACCAGCAUUACCACCCAAGAAAAGACAGUCUGCUCCAUCCCCUACCCGAGUGGCUGUGGUAGCCCCUAUGAGUCGAGCUACCAGUGGCUCCAGUUUACCUGUUGGAAUCAAUAGGCAGGACUUUGAUGUUGACUGUUACACCCAGAGGCGCCUGUCCGGAGGCAGCCGCUCCUGCGGUGGUGAGUCUCCUCGCUUGUCCCCCUGCAGCAGCACAGGCAAACUCAGCCGGUCAGACGAGCAGCUGUCCUCCCUAGACAGGGAUAGUGGGCAGUGCUCGCGGAACACAAGCUGUGAAACACUAGAUCAUUAUGACCCUGACUAUGAAUUCCUCCAGCAAGACCUCUCCAACGCAGACCAGAUCCCUCCACAGGCGGCCUGCAGCCUCAGCCCACUACCAGAGUCCCUGGGGGAGGCUGGCCCACCCUUUCUUGGCCAUACUUUCCAGCUGCCUCUGGGCAGCUAUCCCCAGCAGGAGGGGCAGCAGACAGACACUCCACCUGCCCUUCCUGAGAAGAAGCGCAGGAGUGCAGCCUCCCAGACCACAGACAGCUCUGGCUGCAGGGUGUCCUAUGAACGACACCCCUCACAGUAUGACAACAUCUCAGAGGAUGACCUGCAGAACCCAGUCCAGCCUGUGCCCUACCCGCCCUUUGCUGCUAUCCUUCCGUUUCAGCAGGGAACUUCCUCAGCCCCUGUUGAAUUUGUGGGUGAUUUCAGUGCUCCGGAGUCAGUGGGUGACCCAGAGAAACCACCUCCUCUACCAGAGAAGAAAAACAAACACAUGCUGGCCUACAUGCAGCUGCUCGAAGACUACUCAGAGCCACAGCCCUCCAUGUUCUACCAGACCCCGCAGAGCGAGCACAUCUACCAGCAGAAGAAUAAAAUGCUCAUGGAGGUCUACGGCUUCAGCGACUCCUUCUGCAGCAGCGACUCCACGCAGGAGCUGGCCCCCCCACCCGCUCUGCCCCCCAAGCAGCGGCAGCUGGCCUCCUAUGCUGCUUCUUCCUUCUCUGUCUCCUACUGUGUCCAGCAAACUAAAGUGGCCUUCACCCCCGAGGACGGCAAUGCCGCUCAGGGCCUCAGUGUGUCCGUGUCUAACUCCUUUCUCAGCCGGCACGGCAGCUUGCCUGUGCCCUCGUACAAAUCUGUGUUUAGGUCUUAUUCCCAGGACUUCAUGCCUCACCACCAAGCCUCCGUCCAACCUUUCCUUCCGCCUACCUCCUCUUCCUCUCCACAUUUCCCACCUGUCCACGCGUCCCAGAGCUCGGACUUAGCGGUGCCCACCGUAAGCAGUCCGCCUCCCAGCACCGUGGACGGGCCUCUCUCGUCUUCUCAGGACAGCAGCUCUCAUGGGAACCCUGUCCGCCUUCCUUCCGAAACCUCUUUCACUGACUCGAGCGAAAAUGCCAGCAGCGAGGAAGUUGGUGGGGGUGACUAUGUCAGUCUGUACUCCCCUGGCCAGACCAGCGAGGAGCUGGCUCCCUCUCGAGGAGAACCAUUGUCUGGGAAGGACGGAAAUCCCAGAGAUCCCUUGGUCAAUAGUGUGUCUGGGAAGGACAGCAGAGAAAAUGGGGAGAGGUCCCCAAAGUCACUGGAUGCUCUGGAGUCAGGCCAGUCAGAGGAGGAAGUGGACGAACUGACCCUCAUUGACCACAAUGAAAUUAUGGCCCGGCUGACACUGAAGCAAGAGGGUGAUGAUGGGCCAGAUGUUCGUGGAGGUUCAGGAGACAUCUUGCUGGUCCAUGCUACUGAGACAGACAGAAAAGACCUGGUGCUGUACUGUGAGGCCUUCCUGACAACCUACAGGACCUUCAUCAGCCCUGAGGAGCUCAUCAAGAAACUGCAGUACCGAUACGAGAAGUUCUCUCCCUUCGCUGACACAUUCAAGAAGCGAGUCAGCAAGAACACGUUCUUUGUGCUGGUGCGAGUGGUGGAUGAGCUCUGCCUGGUGGAGUUGACGGAGGAGAUCCUGAAGCUACUGAUGGAGCUAGUCUUCCGUCUAGUGUGCAACGGAGAGCUCAGCCUGGCCCGUGUACUCCGGAAGAACAUUCUGGAAAAAAUGGACCAGAAGAAGCUGCUCAGGUGUGCCCAUUCCGACCAGCCUCUGGCAGCCAGGGGUGUCGCAGCCAGGCCAGGGACCUUGCAUGAUUUCCACAGCCACGAGAUAGCAGAGCAGCUGACAUUGCUGGACGCAGAGCUUUUCUAUAAGAUAGAGAUUCCUGAAGUUUUGCUUUGGGCCAAAGAGCAGAAUGAGGAGAAGAGCCCCAAUCUGACCCAGUUCACGGAGCACUUCAACAACAUGUCCUACUGGGUACGGUCUAUCAUCAUGCUGCAAGAGAAGGCCCAGGACCGGGAGAGGCUGCUUCUGAAAUUCAUCAAGAUCAUGAAGCACCUGCGCAAGCUGAACAACUUCAACUCCUACCUGGCCAUCCUCUCAGCUCUGGACUCAGCACCCAUCCGCAGACUGGAGUGGCAGAGGCAAACCUCAGAGGGCCUGGCCGAGUACUGCACAUUGAUUGACAGCUCAUCCUCUUUCCGAGCCUACCGGGCUGCCCUCUCAGAGGUGGAACCCCCAUGUAUCCCGUACCUAGGUCUGAUCCUGCAGGACCUGACCUUAGUUCACCUGGGAAACCCAGACUAUAUUGACGGGAAAGUGAACUUCUCCAAGCGGUGGCAACAGUUCAACAUCUUGGACGGCAUGCGGUGCUUCCAGCAGGUGCACUAUGAAAUCCGGAGGAACGACGACAUCAUAACCUUCUUCAAUGACUUCAGUGACCACCUGGCCGAGGAGGCCCUAUGGGAACUCUCUCUGAAGAUCAAACCCAGGAACAUCACAAGGCGGAAAACAGACCGUGAAGAGAAGACCUAGGCGCUGGCUGGGUAUAAGAACGCUCGAGAGGCCCAGAGAGGACCUGGACCGUCCAGCCUCAGGGCCUGUCCACGGCUUGGCUGUGUGGCGGCACCCGAGCCUGCUAGCCGGUUUCCUGCCUCUCUCCCUGUGGCUAAAGCCCCAGGGUCCACAAUGAGCUGGCCGGCAGGCCUCAGGACUGGCUUGUGAACUGGUGGACCCGGUCUGGUUUUGUUUUCUGUUUUCUGUCGAUGCUCCCUCCUGUUCCCUACUGUUCCCUUCCAACUGGGGAGCAACAGAGACCUGAACAGCAGACUAGGACAGUGGUGAGCCUCAACCCUCUGAAGGGUGCCCUCACCUUCUUAAGUGGCAGAUGCGUAAAAGCCCCAGAACCCUUGGGUAGGCUGCCCUCCAGGGACAUGGGAGGCAGAAAGCAGAAAAGGGCCAUGGCAGGAAUCUUUUAAAUAUGGAGGAUGAGGCCUGUAGACCUGGCCCAGAAGGUAUGGUGAAUGGCAUCAGCAGCCACAGAGCUGGCAUUCUCACAGUAGUGGCCCCAGACCUGUCCUGCCAUGCAUGGCCCGCUAGGCUCACCUGCUACACAUGACAGUAGCACCUCCCUCCUGUGCCCCCACCCUGGCCCAGCUACAGCCGCUGCCCACACCACUGGCACUCUGGGGAUCAGGAAAAGAAGAGGUUGAAGGAAGGGGGAGUUCAUGCUGAGCUGGGGCCAAGGCUGUGCUUCUGAGUGAGGGUCUUUAGUGACUGAAGGAGAGGCAAGCAGCCCCUCCAUGCUUGCUGUGUGCCUUAAAUGCCAUCUCCUGUCCCUUCCUGGCCUAUGGGCUUCCCUUCCACUUUGCCCAACCCCUGGCAGCCAGCAGGUCCCUAGUCCCUUUCUGUACCCUGGCAAUGUCUGGUGUCCCCGAGAAGGCUGAGCAGGCCUGGGGUGUGAGUGCCUCCAGAGGCCUCCUGAUUCCAGGCAGGUGCUCGUCCCCUGAUGUGGAGCCACCACUGCUGCUGAGGUUGACAAUCGAGGGCAAGAUGUUCAGGGCUCAGUGCUAGGGUCUCCCAGGCCCUGGCUCCGUGGCCACCACUGUGGCUAGUUGGCAGGGUACAGGUCAGAUGUGCUGCUAGCCCUCCCAUGCCUCCAGUUCACUUUUUAAUGAACAAGUGCCCAUUUCUUCUGGUCAUGGGGCUUGGUCAAGUGGACACCAGGAUCUCUGUGCUUCCUCAACCCCGUCAUGGCAGCAGAGGGAAGACAACAGCUGCUGGCCGGGUGCAAGUUUGGAACAACUGUCGCUCUGAACCCCUCCUGGGUGUUUUUUUUAGGAGCUUUUAUCAAAAAAGGAACUCUGGGCUGUUCUUCCCCCUCUCCGUUUAUUUGUGCUGUAAAGAGGGGGGGUAUCUGUGAACAGCCCUUGGCCGGCUCCCUCUGGCAGCAGCCAGGGCACCCGGGUUGUCUAAGGAGUGUGUGUGGAGUCGAGCUUGUGAGCAGUCGUGUGGGUCUUUGGUUUGUUUCUUCUUUGCAGGUCCUUCAUUUCAGUCACUUCCUCCUGUCCCUCACGAGUGCUGCUGUGUGCAGGUGGGGGGCACUGUUCACAUCGGGCCCUUCCUCCGUGUGGGGACAGUGAGGUGCAAUGUGUGGAUUUAACUUAUUAGCCAACAGGCUUCCCUAGUCACCUGCCUCUGGCUGAGGCUGAGCCCAGUGCUCACCGCGGCCUGGCUUCCACAUGUCUGUUUCUCGGGGGUGGGGGGCUGGGAGAGCUGUGCAGAUCAGUCUUUGUAGGCACCCUGAGUGGCAUGGACAGUUCAGUUUUCUACAGAGGCCAGCCCUUACCUGUGAGUUUGGUAUGGACAAGGCUAGAGCAAGCAAAUGCCACAUCUGGCUGAUCGUGAACCGAGACACCUGCCCAAUGCCUCCCAGUGUGAUGCUGUAAUAUAAAUCCCCCACUAACCUGUCCGACAGUGGCAUCUUCCUACAGACAUUACAAGCGCGUAACUUUUAUAUGAAAAAAUAAACAGGCAAAAGCCCGUCUGA